AUUGCAUUUUCCACCAAAACUCAAUAUAAAAAAUGGGAAUUAACUGAAAAAGAAUAAAAGUCGCCAAGAAAAUAAAUAAUAAGAUAAUAAACGAAGAUCCUGCAAAGCGUGCGGGUCAAGGAAGUUCUCGUGAGGCGACUCGGCAAAGGCUGACUCUUGAUUGCAAUCAUGGUGGAGCAAUUAAGGCCAGAGGACCUAGAGAGGCUCCAGAAUUUCAUCAGUGCCUGCAGACAAACUCCUUCAAUACUUCAUGUGCCUCAGCUGAGCUUUUUCAAGGAAUACCUUACAAGUCUGGGUGCCAGAUUACCAGAAAGUUCAUCACCACCAAAACCUGAAGAGACGCCGAUGAAGGAACCUGAACCCAAGGUAGAAGAAGAAGAGGAAGUUGAGAGUGAUGUUGAAUUGAACAAUGAAGGGGUUAUUGAACCUGAAACAGAGGAUCCACCUGAGCUAGGGGACUCGAAUAAGGUUGUGUCAGAGGAGGACCAGGAUGCAGCAAAUGAAAAGCGGUCAGAGGGGAUGAUGGCAAUGUCUGAUGGCGAUUUCCAAAAAGCUGUCGAUUGUUUCACAGAAGCUAUCAAACUUAAUCCAGGAUCUGCCAUGUUGUAUGCAAAGAGAGCAAAUAUACUAUUGAAACAAAGCAGAGUCAAUGCUGCUAUCCGAGACUGCGAUGAGGCCAUCAAAUUGAACCCAGAUUCUGCAGCUGCAUACAAGUUCCGAGGUAGAGCACACAGGCCUCGGUCUUCCCCUGCCAUCCCUUCCCUCGGUUUUAAGGAAGAGGAGGCGAUGGAUGAAUCCCAGCGUUCGACUUCUAGGAGUCUUCUGUGUUUGAGUAAUACACCUGAUCCUCUCCUCAAUCUGGUCAGUCAUUCUUCUGACGAGGAAUGUGUGGAAUCAGAUGAGGAGUAUAUGCCACCGACUAAACAGUGCAGGACAGAGGAUCAUUGCGGUGAGUUUUCUCCCUUUAUUUUAUCUGUAAAAGACACUAGCUGGCUCCUUUUGCAUAUUGAUAUAUUAUUUUUAGAGAUAAGUCAUGUUUUUUCGUAUUCUUUUACAGAUCCUCAUGUUGCCCUUGGUGAUGACUCAAACUGGGAGGACAGCAACUUGGAGGAUGAGUCUGAGCUGUCCGACUCUGAGUCAGACAUUGACUCUGUGUCGCUGCACAUGUCAAUUAACCACUGUGAUCGCAAUGCCCCAGGUACCUCCUCCUUUGUCUGGAGAAAGAGAGAGAAUAACCCACAGUGCUUCGACUUCACUGCAACUCCUGGGGUCAAGCUUCCUGACCUGGAUGCUGCUUCACGGCCUGAAGAGGUCUUCAGCAAGUUCCUGACAAAGGAACUUCUGGAAAAGAUUGUUCAGGAGACGAAUCAAUAUGCUUCUCAGCACACGAAGACACCUUUUGUCAACAUGAAGGGUUGGAAGGAUAUCACAGUGCAUGAGUUUCGGGCUUACCUUGGGCUGCAAUUCCUGAUGGGAUUGCAGUCCAUGCCUCACAUGCAGGACUUUUGGUCUCAUGACCCCCUGAUUUCGUCGUCAAUUUUUUCACAGACUAUGUCACGAGAUCGGUUUGAUGCCAUCACAUUGGCACUCCACUUUGUUGACAAUAAAGCUGACCAUCCUGCUGUUGAUCAGCUUUGGAAGUUGAGACCUGUCAUUGAUGUCCUAGACAAACAGUUUUCUAGUAUCUUUGUUCCCAACAAGUUGAUUUCGGUGGAUGAGAUCCUUUGGGAUGUCAAUGGGCGCCAUCAGGCAUUACAGUAUGUGCCGAACAAGAGAGCGUGCAGGGGUUUGAAGGUCUACAAGCUCUGUUCGAGUGAUGGACCAGAGGCUGGCUAUACCACUGCCUUUGGCAUCUACAUGGGGAAAGACCGUAGGGAGCUCCCCACAAGCAUGAAAGUGUUGAUUGACCUUAUGGAGAAAGGGAGUCUCAUGGACAAGGGGUACCAAGUACACACUGACAACUGGUUUUCGUCCCCAAAACUAUUCCACUACCUGCAGGCAAGGAAAACAAGUGCUGUCGGGACAGUACAAACAAAUCGUAAAUACAUGCCAACAGACCUGCAGGUGAAAGGGACGAGGAAAGAUAGACUUCAGCAGCACGAACACAGGAAUGCUUGCCUUGCAGUGGAUGGACAAGAGGCCCAUAACCAUGCUCUCUACAGCCCACAUCAGCGAGAUUGAAGCUCUCUCUCCCAACUGUCAGGAACAGCAAUUGACAAAGCCAAAGGUUGUGCUACAGUACAACCAUCACAUGAAGGGAGUUGACCUCAGCCAUCAGUUAGGACAGUCCAACAGAUCAAUAAGGAAAACAGUAAAAUGGUAUAUAAAGAUUUUCUUCACUCUUUUGGACAUGGCUGUGAUCAACUCCCUGGCUGUACACAAAGUCCUUGGUGGUAAAAUGACAGAAGCCAAAUUCAAAAUGGAGCUUGUGCGAGGCUUGCUUAAGGGGGGAGAGCUCCGAAGAAGGAGAAGGAACCAUAUUGUCCCUGCUCCUGCUGCCCCUGUUGCUCCUGCUGCCCUAGACCACAUGCCAGAGGAUACACCCUUCCGCAGGUUUAGAAGGUGUGCCUUCUGCUGGAACAAAAAGCGGAAGAGGAAGGAAACCAGGGUACUGUGCAGCAUCUGUGGGGUCUCCCUGUGCCCUACCCCUUGCUUCAAGGAGUUCCACAAUUCUCUAGAUCAUGUCUAAGUGUGUAAACAUGAUGUUUUGUAAAUAAUAUGUACAUAAAUGUAAAUAAUUAUAUUUAUUUUUACGAAAGUAAAAAAAAAAAAAAAAGUAGUUUUCUUCUGUGAAAUGCACCACUUCCAUCACACAGUAAACUGACAUAUGGAGUUUAAACUUUAAUAUAAGUCAGUAAUGACCUUCAUAGAACAUUUUCAAAGGCUAAAAUAAGCCCACUAGCAUGAAUAUAUAAUGAAAUGUAGUUGUAACAAUUUUCCGCAAACCACCCGCACGACUGAGCUGAAACUUCUUGAGGCAAGCAGGAUGGGCCAGCUGUAUACAACAAACGUUUUGACAGAAUGAAGAGAUGGAUGCCAGUAUUGACUGGAAUAAGUGCCGCCCGGCGAAUUCUGGCACCGUUUGUUAAUGGUUAAGUGUCAGGUGUCUAAGAUAAAAAAAAGAAGGUAAAUUUGAGUACUCCAGAGUCUGGUCUGAGUUGCCAAUUAUUCUUUUCCUGAGAUAGGAUGCACAGUCCUUCCUUUAUUACCAGUUUAUCCUUUUCCUUGAAUUUCAGAUUUUUAUUUAUUUUUUUAUUUGGUAUAUUAAUAACAUUAUAACCACAGUGUCAACAGUAGUAUUAAUAACAUUAAUAUUUAUUUAACUCCUCAAUGACGGUAUCAGCAACCUCAGCGGCAACAAUCCUGCAAUUUGGGCUGGGAGUCUGUGUAGCAGAACUCACCGCUUGACUUGCUCUAGUGCGUUGUGAUGCCUAUAGCCAUACCCGUCAUGAUGAGUCGAUUUCUUAUGGCUAUGGGAAUGGCCCGGCAGAUACAGCAUUCGAAAAAAUAAUCAGUGAAAAGGGAAAAUCAAGUGAGGUCACAUAGGCCUACUAAUUGGCUCCUUGGUGGUUGAGUUCUUAUGACAACAAUUUAUUUUUUAAUUUAUUCCUUUUCCUUUCAUUCAGGUAAUUUUUUUUGAGAUUGAUUAAAUAUUAAUGUGAAUACUACUAUUGACACUGUGAUUAAUAUAUAUAUAUAUAAACACACAUACAUAUAUCCAUAUACAUAUACAUAUGCAUACAUAUACAUAUGCAUACAUAUACAUAUAUAUGAGGGGCCUUCAAAAAGUUCAUGGAAAACUUCCAUAACUAAAAAUCAUAUGGAAGGAUUUUGAUUUCAAUGGACCUGACAUUCUUGUACUAUGUUAUCACGUGUUCAAACAUGAACCCUUAAAUGCAAUUAAUAACGCAUUGCUGCCAGUUGGAAGUCGGGCACCAUUCAAGCUGUAUGGAAUCCACUAAAAUUGAGACCAGGACAAACAUUAAAAAUAUGGUGAAACUUGGUUGGGAGACAAGGGAAAUCAUUUAUAAUACCCCAAAGACAUCAACAACCUACAAAUGGAUAAGGUGGUUCAGAAAUGGAAGAAACAAA